AGCAGAAAGGGAAUGGGCCGAUGUAGCUAGUGACGUAGAUGAGCUUGAGAAAUUCAAGUGACCUGAUUUCAGGCCUCUGGACAGAAAAAGGUCUCAAAUGGCGUUUAUGUAAACGUGUCUCGGGAAAUCCUAUCGCUCGUUCUCAAAUCGUCGUGGGAUCGCUCUCGACGUCCACGGGUACAAGCAUGGAGGAAAUGGACUUUGAGCGGCGCCGGGAGCUGAGGAGGCAGAAGCGGGAGGAGAUGCGCCUGGAAGCUGAACGGUUGUUAAGGAACGACGACGACGAGGAGGAGGCGGCCCGGGAGAGGAGGCGCCGGGCCCGCCAGGAGAGGCUGAGGGCCAGGGAGAACGAAGACCCCGCCGGGCAGCCCGACACUCAGGUCACGACCAACUGCCACAGCAUGACAGAAAGCGCCCCGGCCGCUAACUCUUUCGGCGGCGAUGAAGAGGACCAGGCGCUGCUGGACCGCAUGGCCAAACGCGAGGAGCGCAGGCAGCGCCGCCUGAAGGAGGCGCUGGAGCGGCAGCAGCAGUCGGACGAGACGGAGGGCUACGACGGCGGCAGCGCCGACAAGAGCAAGACGGAGGAAGAGGAGGAGGAGCAGAGGCCUUCCUCCUGGCGCCAGGAGAAAACGUACAGCUCGCGGAGAGAAGAGAAGGAGGUGGAGUUGGCCAGAGAGGAAGAGGAAGCUCCUCCCGAGGAGGAGAAAGUGAUGGAGGACAAGCCGAGCAGAUCCUACUUCGGAGAAGAGCUGAGCGAGCGAGGCCGUGGCAGGGAGGAGCUGAGGAAGCAGAACGGAGGCCUGCAUGAUGAGGAGGAGGAGGAGGAAGAGCAAGCAGAGGAGGAGGAGGAGGAAGUAGAGGCCAUUCCCAAGCAGCACAGGCAACCCGAAUGGACGUUCAGCGGAACCGGCGCCCGCUCCCCCGAGCCACCGGCCGACGACGGGCAGGACGACGACGGCGACGCCCGCCUGGAGGCCGAGCGCAAACUGGAGGAGCUGAAGCGCCGCCGCGACGACGCCGAGAGCGAGGAGUUCGAGCGCAUGCGGCAGAAGCAGCAGGACGCCGAGGCCCAGCUGGAGGAGCUGAAGAGGAAGAGAGAGGAGAGGAGGAAGGUCAUGGAGGAGGAGGAGAGGCAAAAGAAGCAGGAGGAGGCCGAGAGGAAAGCCAGAGAGGAGGAGGAAAAGCGGAAGAUGAAGGAGGAGAUCGAGAGGAGGAGAGCGGAGGCGGCCGAGAAGAGGCAGAAGGUGGAGGACCCGACGGAGGGCGAAGGAAAACCCUUCAAGUGCGUCAGCCCUCGCGGGUCUUCGCUCAAGAUCGGAGAGCGGACCGAGUUCCUCAACAAGUCAGCCCAGAAAAGCACAGUAAAAACGUCCCCUUCUCCCGUGGUGUCCAAGAUCGACAACAGGCUGGAGCAGUACACCUCGGCCGCUCAGAGAGAGAACAAGGAGUCGCGAUCCCCACGCCCGGGAGCCGCCGAUCUCCCGCCGGUGACGGACAGCAUACGAAACAUCAAGAGCAUGUGGGAGAAAGGCAGCGUGUUCAGCUCGCCGGGAAGCGGCGGCGGAAGCACCUUUAAGGAAGCGGCCGUGAUAAAGACGGGCGUGGCGGGCCGCAUCAACGACUGGCUGAAUAAAACCCCCGAGAGCGGCAAGGCGUCGGGAGGGAGGCCAUCGGACCUGAAGCCCGUGGACGUGACCAACAAGAGGAGUUUAUGGGAAAACAAAGGCUCCUCUCCGGCCAAGGUGUCAGGAAGAGGCGAGAGCAAAUCAGUCACCAACGGUACGGGCCACUACCGCCCUGAAGGAGCCUUUUAAAGCCGGAGCCGCGACUCUCCGAGACUUCGGCUGGACGACCAAAUACCGACCACAUUCCCAAAGAGGGACCCCAAGAAAAAGGAAGAAAAAAAAAAUGGGGGGGCAAGGGACAUAGACACACACACACGUCUCAGCAUUGUACACGAACAUUCCGACGUUUUUCUACGGUGGCCACUUUAGGUGCCUUUGCACGUUUGUAUUUGCUUUUUAAAAGAAACCAAAUGCUGUGAAAAUUUGUUAUUCCGACGCCGAAAUCCUCCCCCCACAAAAAAACCCGUCAACGUCGGUGAAGUUGAGAGUAGAUUGAAAAGUUUUCCCCAGGGUGACACCCCAAACCCCUCCCCGUCGUAAAAUUCCGUUCCAUUCUUUUUUUAAUUUAUAUUUAAAGCAAAAGCUUCACACAUUUAAUGAUUUUUAUUGCAAACCACUUCAGGAUGAAAAAAAAAAUAAUAAUAAUCAGCACUUGUAGAGUUUAGCCGGAGUCGCGUUUAUUACGUCUCACAGUAGCGCAGCAAGGGCCCGGGUCACGUACAGUACGUUAGCGCGUAUACGGUUCAUCGUACUGUAUCUUAUCUAAAAAAUAGUUAUACUCACAAGAAAAAUCGAUGUUGCUUCUUUAUUUGUAAUUUUUUUGGUUGUAUCCAUGAACAUUCCACCUACAGGCAUUGUCGGUCAUGCAAAACGCCAUUCUUAUUUUUUUUUUUUUAUCAACUUAUUUAUGUUGUGAUUUUUGUAGCUUCAGACAUUCCUCUUUCAAGCAGGUGCACGUGAUGCCUUCAAACUUUUUAUAUAUAUAUAUAUAUAAAAAUAAAAAUAAAUGUAAGAAAAAAGGGCAAGCAGCCAUUUGACCUUUGACUUUAAAAAAAGAAACUCUAUCGCUUUUACGCACCCUCUAGUAGUAGUCGGGGACGCGUCCGCUAGCGCACGGACGAGCCGCUAGCUACUUUAUCGGGCCUUACGACGCCGACGAGAAGCUAAAGCCUCGCAGGAAGGAACCGUUUACGUUCCGAAGAAAAAAUUUGUGUUUUUGAACGAGCAUUCCUCAAGUCUUAAAUCGCUUCGACGGAUUUGCGUUCCCGCUCCGACGUCAAGACAAUCACAUUCCGCGGCCUCCGAAAAGAGCGGGAGGGGCUGGACCAAAAUCUUUUUCUCCUCUACGAAUGUGUUGCGAUGUUUGUUUUGUCACAUUUUUUUGUCGAUGUUUUUCCUUUUCUAUUUUAUUUUCCACGUUUAAACCAGCAACUCGGCGAAAGCGACGUAACUGCGCUAGCGCGCAGGCGGCCGUUACGUCGGUCUCGGCGACGAGCGACACUCGCGAUGUCACGCGCGCUUCCCAGCGGGCGGAUGUUUUCAAAAGCUUUGUACCACUGACGCAGCAACGGAAAUAAAGACAUUGAGACCUGA